CAGUCAUGUUACCAGUCACCUUGCUCUGAUUAAAAGCAGUGGUUCGCGCUUUCAGUUUCACACGUUAAUCCACGGUUUCUGGUUAGGGAAUGUUUUAAUCGUUGCUAUGGGAACGACAUCUUCAACGCACGUUCUAAUGAACUCGCACACCGAAUCAGCGUAUUCGUCAAUGUUGUUGCCUGACGCAAUACGAAACAUGUCCCAGUCCACGUGAUGGAAGCAGUCUUGGAGUGUGGAAUCAGCAUGGUCAGACCAGCAGUGGACAGACCUCAGCGUGGGAGCUUCUUGUUUUAGUUUUUGUCUGUAGGCAGGGAUCAGCAAAAUGGAGUCGUGGUCAGCUUUUCCGAAAGGGGGGCGGGGCAGGGCCUUAUGCGUUGCGGAAGUUAGAAUAACAGUGAUCCAAGGUUUUGCCAGCCCUGGUGGCGCAAUCGAUAUGCUGAUACUUUUUAGGGAGUCUUGUUUUCAGAUUAGCCUUGUUAAAAUCCCCAGCAACAAUGAAUGCAGCCUCAGGAUGUGUGGAUUCCAGUUUGCAAAGAGUCAAAUAGUUCGUUCAGAGCCAUCGAUGUGUCUGCUUGGGGGGGAAUAUAUACGGCUGUGAUUAUAAUCGAAGAGAAUUCUCUUGGUAGAUAAUGCGGUCUACAUUUGAUUGUGAGGAAUUCUAAAUCAGGUGAACAGAAGGAUUUGAGUUCCUGUAUGUUUCUGUGAUCACACCACAUCUCGUUAGCCAUAAGGCAUACGCCCCCACCACUCUUCUUACCAGAAAGGUGUUUGUUUCUGUCGGCGCGAUGUGUGGAGAAACACGCUGGUUGCACCGCAUCCGAGAGCGUCUCUCCCUCCUUUCCUCGAUUCUGUUUACCGUGUUUUGUAAAGCAUAAGUCUACAUUUUGUCGUGUUACCAAUUAUGUUUCUAUACUCCGUUUGAUACUAUGCCUGUUGUUUAUGGUGAUUGCAAGGUCAAUUGUUAACAAAUAAAUACUUUAUAUAUUUGAGGGCCUGAAUUGAUUGCUGUGUCUGCAAGCAAUUCUCCCAAAUGCUCAGAAUAAUGAAACACUACACCCUUCCCUCCGGGCAGACAUGGAAACCAUUGGCAAUGGUGAUGCUCCCAGCAAGGUGAACCAUUAAUGCAAAUCAUUGGCAAAUCCGGGGAGGGAAGAUCUCACUAGCCAGCUUUGACUCUGUUUUGCAUGCUUUUUUAGAAUAAGCACCAACACAAGUCAGUAUUUGUUUUUAACACAUACGCAGAGCGGGGUAGUUUUCAAUACUUACCAGGUGGUGGCAGUCUCACUGAUUGUCAUAUAAAAAAUUGUUAUUCCCCCCAAGCCAAUGAGUGUUGUCUCUCAUUCGUUUUCCCUGAGUUGUUUGGGAAGGCACUCUGAACUGGUUUUAUAACAUCCCACAUAUCAGCAGCACUGUAGAUUCAAGGCCCCCAGUUACUAUUUACCAUAGCAGACAUAAACUUUAUCAAGGGCUAAAGGUCCUCUGGUUCACUUGGACACUUAAACCAAAGCAGAAACUCUAGUCUAGCCAUAUUCAUCAUGUCCAUGCAGACACUUCUCUUCUUGACAGGGCUGGUUGCGCUAUCCAGUUCAUACACUAUUCCUCUGUCAUCUCGUGUGCAUGAGGUAUACGGAAACGGUGAAGAUGAUAACCCCUUACUUAACUUGGGAGCAGAAGAAGACUUGGUUGAAGGAGAUAUGCUCAUUCUGCCAGGACGCAAUGCCUUGAUUGACACUAAAUACAGAUGGAAGUUUCCCAUACCCUACAUUCUGUCAGAUGACUUGGAUUUGAAUGCCAAAGGUUGUGUCCAUCAGGCAUUUGAAAUGUAUCGUCUGAAAUCUUGCAUAGACUUCAAGCCCUACGAAGGCGAGAAGACAUACAUCAAGUUUGAAAAGAGAGGCGGCUGUUUCUCCAGCGUUGGGGACCAGCAGAAUGGACAGAUCCUGUCCCUGGGCGAUGGCUGUGACCACAAGGCUGUGAUCGAACACGAGCUCCUCCACGCUUUGGGCUUCUACCAUGAGCAGUCUCGCCAGGACAGAGACGACUAUGUCAAGAUCUGGCUGGACCAGGUCACUCCAGGGCUGGAACAUAAUUUCAACAAAUACGAUGAUUCCUUCAUCACUGACCAGAACACUCCUUACGAUUAUGAGUCUGUCAUGCACUACCGGCCAUACUCCUUCAACGUGGACCCCAACAUUCCCACAAUCACCACCAACAUCCCAGAAUUCAACAACAUCAUUGGCCAGUACUUGGACUUCAGCAAACUGGACAUGCUGAGGUUGAACAGGAUGUAUAACUGCUCCUCCCCUCUCACUCUCCUGGACCAGUGUUCCUUUGAGUACAACAACAUCUGUGGGAUGAUUCAGAGCCCCACUGAUGAUGCAGAUUGGGUCCACACCAAGAGCAGCACUGGGAAUGAGGAUCACACUCUCAUUGGCCAAUGCAGAGAUGCAGGUUACUACAUGCACUUCAACACUAAGACUGGGAAGGAGGACGAGUCAGCUCUGCUAGAGUCUCGCAUCCUGUACCCCAAGAGACACCUGCAGUGUCUGCAGUUUUUCUACAAGAUGACAGGCGGACCAAAGGACAGACUUGUGAUUUGGGUGAAGAUUGACGAUGGGACUGGGACAGUUCGCAAACUGAAGAAAAUACACACCAUCUGGGGAGAUGCCGACCACACAUGGAGGAUUGUCCACGUCUCCAUGGAGAUCGAAGAGAAGUUCCGCUAUGCUUUCCAAGGUGUCCGAGGAGAUCCAUCUACAACCAAUGGAGGAAUCUUCAUUGAUGACAUCAGCCUGACUGAGACUCGCUGUCCCAACGCUGUCUGGCAGAUCAAGAACUUCACCGGAAUCCUCAACACUGCAAACAAUACCACCGUCAUGGACAGUCCAGUCUUCUACAGCCCAGAGGGCUAUCGUUACGGUGUACGUGUGCGUCCCGUCUCUGACUACAGUGACCACACGGGUGGCUACACUGGGAUGUACUUCCACCUGGCCAGCGGGGAGAAUGACGUGGUCAUGCAGUGGCCGGCCCUGAAUAGGCAGGCUAAAAUCGUCGUCAUGGACCAGGAUCCUGACAUUCAAUUGAGGAUGUCGUCUGCUCGCAGUCUGACUACAGACCUGAUUAAGACUCCAGAUGGGGAGCUGUGGUGGGACAAUCCAACUAAUGUGGGGACCUACGAUCCAGGGUGUGAGUGCUACAGGGGAGAGUCGCGGGGAUGGCGCAACAUGAUCAAGCAUUUCGACUUGCGACGACGGAACUACCUGAAAAAUGAUGAUCUCAUCAUCUUUAUCGACUUUGAAGACAUAACAUCUCUGAUAAAAACUGAGGUUCCCAUCAACCCAAAGGAGUGAGGACGUAUUUUACUGCCACCGAGGGGAGAACCGGCAGCCCUGAGGAUUUGGACAGACUCAAGAAGAGUACAGAAAAUAACAGCACAAUUUAUCUAAACUAAUGUUGUGAGUAAUUAUAAAUUAUUUUGUAGAAAUUUUGAUUGGUUGAAAACUUUAUAAAAUCACUAAAAACUCUUGAAAUGUUAUUUGUUUUUACUGUUCAAACAUUCUUAUUCACAAAUUCUUUCAUUAAAGUUUGAGUCUUCAAAUAAA